AUGGAGAAACAGUUCAAUGGGGUGGCGGACAUGCCAGAUCUUCAUGGCAAAGUCGUCGUGGUGACUGGUGGGAGCUCCGGAAUCGGCUUCGUACUCGUCAAGCGCCUUGUGCAGAAAGGUGCAAAGGUGUACUUUACUACACGGACUGAGGCCAAAGCCGAAGCGACCAAGGAGGCCCUGGUCCAUGACCCGAGUAUUAAGCCGGACAAUAUUUCUUGGCUAGUGAUGGACUUCAUGGAUCCAGCAACUGUCUGUCAUGCCAUCGAUGUAUUGAAGACAAAAGAAAGAAAAGUAGACAUCUUGAUUAAUAACGCCGCCGUCUCGGUAGGUUCCACUGAGUUGGUGGCUGGCGGGUAUGAACAACAUAUGGUUGGCAAUCAUAUGGGACCCUUUCUUCUUGUCAACCGCAUCCUGCCACUUCUCAAGAACGCCACAAAGGACAAAGAAGCCGACGUCAGGAUCAUUAGCUUCAGCUCCACCGCCCCGAUCUCCAUGCUACCGAGAAACUUCAACUUUCAGUUCUCACACAAAUCUGGUCUUACUGAACCCGUCACUCAAUGGCCUUGGGCGUGGCGGUAUGUUGGUAGAUUCAUGUUCGGCUUCGAUAUGAUCCGCUACGCCGUUUCCAAAGCCGCCGUCGUUCUAUUUAUCAAGGAGCUACAACGUCGCCUGGAUGAACAAGGCGUUCCCAUUUUGUGUAUGGCUGUCCAUCCUGGCGAGGUCGCCACCGAAACCCUGCUGGAGAUCAACAGUCCCCCCCUCAGGGCCAUUGCCCGUAUGUCCUUCCUCACGGCCGAGCAAGGUGCUUUGCCUCCCCUCUUCGCGGCCACAGCUAGUGAAGUCCGAAAAAACGCAGCAAAAUACAAAGGACAGUUUAUCAUGCCUAUUGGGAAAAUUGGAACCCCCAACCCAGUUGCCAAUGACGACCGACAAGUUAAAGGACUGUGGGAUGUUACAACUAUUGAGGUUAAUAAGCAACUCGCUGCUCUGGUGCUUCCUGGACUACAAGCUUGGUAA